AAAGUUUUCUUCGAACCUCCCAAGGAAGAGCAUCUACAUAUCGUUGUCAAACGACGACCUCCCAACAUCCGGAUUGUUAAUCAACGACGCACAUACCUCAAGAGGGCCGUAGAGAUUGGCGGAAAGCCGGUCACAUUCUCCACAAAGCAGAGGCGGAACAAGGUAGAAUACCUUUGCAGUCGUCCUCGUGAAGCUGAGGAUCCUGUUCCAGUCACCCUUCUAGAGCCUAUC